AUGAAGCUCGAGGCUAUGACGACGUGGGUGACACCUGCUUCGGUCGCUCUGUCCUGCGUGGCGGUGCUGCUCGUGUACUUGGCGACACCGUCUGCCCAUGACCGAGCUCUGAAGCACCUACCGACGCCAGAGGGAGACUAUCCGAUCCUUCGCCAUACUUUGGAGAUUAUCAAGGCGCAGAGAUCGGGGAAUUUUAUCGACUGGGCUCUUAAGUACUGCCGCAAGUAUGAGGGCAAGCCAUGGAGUCUACGGGUCGUGGGGAAAUACCCGGCGAUCGUACUCUGCUGUCCUGAAGCGUUCGAGGAUAUUCAGAAGACGCAGUUCGACGCGUUUGACAAGAGCCCGCUUGUCUCGGAAGCCUUGUACGACGUGCUGGGUCAAGGGAUCUUUGCUGUCAGUGGGCCACUAUGGCAGCACCAACGCAAGACUGCGAGCCACUUGUUCACCGCGCAAAUGAUGCAGUACGCAAUGGAAGUUGUUGUGCCUGAAAAGGGCGAACAAUUGGUGAAGCGACUUGACGGGAUUUGUCUUCAGGAAAAGGAAAGUGAGAGAGUUGUGAACAUCAAGCGGCUCUUGGACUUGUACACUAUGGACAUCUUUGCCAAGGUCGGGUUUGAUGUGGAUCUCCAUGGCGUCGGGUCGAACCAGAACGCAGAGCUGCUCGAUUCAUUCGGGCGAAUGUCUGCGCAGUUGCUGAAGCGGAUCCAGCAGCCAAUGUGGACUUGGAAGCUACUGCGCUGGCUUAACGUUGGCGCCGAGAAGCAACUGGCUGAAGACGUCAAGGCAGUGGACGAUCUGGUGUACGGGGUGAUCUCUCGCUCGAUUGAGGAGAAGAAUCGACAGGGGGCGAAAGAAACCGCUCGAAAAGACCUCAUCACGUUGUUUAUUGAGAAGUCUGAGGUUGAGUACACCAAGGGUGUGCACACGAAGAAGGACCAUAAGUUGAUGCGCGACUUCGUCAUCAGCUUCCUAGCAGCUGGACGGGAGACGACGGCGACGACCAUGGCGUGGACAAACUUCCAGACCUCGCGAGUGGCAAAAUUCACUCUCCAAAACUGGAGGACAUUCAGCAGCUCGUCUACCUAG